UUUCCUAGUGCGAUGUUGUUCUUUGAAAUCCGGCCACUGGAGUUUGGACUCAUUAACUUCCACUUGUAAGCUCGGGGAAACGUGAUCUGUUACAGAAUCCAGGAGGGGAAACGGCUAAUCCACCUAUAUUAAUUAGGGAACGCCUGGAAGCAACCUGCUCUACGCUGCUCCCUCCCUCUGACGGGAAAUUCGCGAUGGAGCGCUCGCUUCCCAGAUUCCAUGCGUCGAAGAUUCCAGUCUUGAUCGCGGUGGUGGCAGCGGCGUUUUUAGGCGCGGCGGAAUGCCGCUCCCGCCAUCACCACCGGCGGGGAGGCGGCGGGACGCCGGCGGGGGAGGUGAUCAACUACGCGGCGGGAGGGGCGGGGGGUUGCCGUGCGCAUGUCGCAAGCCUCACGGACUUCGGCGGGGUCGGGGACGGCGUGACGUCGAACACGGCGGCCUUCGAGGCGGCCGUGUCUGGACUCAGCCAGUUCGCCUGCGAAGGCGGCGCGAUGCUGGUGGUGCCAGCGGGGCGGUGGCUCACCGGGCCCUUUAAUCUCACCAGCCAUUUCACCCUCUUCCUCCACCGCGACGCCGUCAUCCUCGCCACUCAGGAAAUCGAUGAAUGGGCGAUUAUCGAUCCCUUGCCGUCCUAUGGAAGAGGCAGAGAUCUAGUUGGUGGCAGAUACAGUAAUCUCAUCACCGGAUAUAAUUUAACUGACGUCGUAAUCACAGGGGACAAUGGGACCAUCGACGGGCAGGGGCAAACUUGGUGGGAUAAGUUCCACAGCAAAGAACUGAAUUUCACUCGCGGAUACCUCAUCGAGAUCAUGUACUCCAAUCAAGUCCUCAUUUCCAAUAUCACAUUGGUCGACUCUCCCUCGUGGAAUCUCCAUCCAGUGUAUAGCAGUAAUGUUAUUGUGUCAGCCGUCACAAUUCUGGCACCGGUCAACUCGCCAAAUACAGAUGGAAUAAAUCCAGAUUCCUGUUCUAAUGUCCGUAUCGAAGACUGUUACAUCGUGUCCGGAGACGACUGCAUCGCAAUCAAGAGCGGCUGGGACGAGUACGGGAUCGAAUUCAACAUGCCGAGCCAGCACAUUAUGAUACGAAGACUGACGUGCAUCUCUCCGACCAGCGCCGUCAUCGCGAUCGGCAGCGAGAUGUCCGGCGGCAUCCAAGACGUACGGGCCGAGGACAUCACCGCCAUCAACUCCGAGUCCGGCGUCCGCAUCAAGACCGCCAUCGGAAGGGGCGCCUACGUGAGGGACAUCUUCGUGAGGAGGAUGAGCCUGCACACCAUGAAGUGGGUCUUCUGGAUGACCGGCGGCUACGGGCAGCACCCGGACGACGGGUACGACCCCGGCGCCGUCCCCGUGGUGGAGGGGAUCAGCUACAGCGACGUGGUGGCGGAGAACGUGACGAUGGCGGCGAAGUUGGAGGGCAUUCCGGGCGCGCCCUUCACCGGGAUAUGCAUCUCGAAUGUGACGGCGGAGAUUAUCAAGUCGAAGAAGCCGAUAUGGAACUGCACCGACGUGGAGGGUGUGUUCAGCGACGUGAGUCCGACGCCGUGCGCUGAGCUUCAGGCACAGACGACAGAUGAGGAGGCGCCUUGUCCGUUUCCUGAGGAUAUUUUAGCUGUGGAUUACGUUGCAUUGGAGCAGUGUUCGUAUCAGAGAAUCAAUCCGUGAGAUGGAUUAAGUGCCGUCGGACUUUGUUAAAUUCCGUCGAGCAAUGGGUUUAGGAAGAAACAUCAAGUUAAUGUCACGUCUAUGAAUUUUGCUUGCCACAUUUCACUUUCUUAUAAAAUAACCUACAUAAGUUAUAGCAUAGUAAA